GGACAGCGCGGUGGGUAACGGUGGCCUGGACCCCUCAUUGGUGGCCGUGGCCGUGGCCGUGGCCUGCAGCCGGCUCGGAGCACCUCAAGAGCACCCUGUCUCUAGCCGGUGCGGCCAGCUUCUCCUAAGGGCCGUGGCAGGCACCCAUCAGGGAAGGAGGGCGGGUGGCGGCCCUGCAUGCCGUGACAGCUCUAGCAGCGCUUCGCGGAGCCCUCAUGACAGCCCUGCCAACGCCACUGCUUGGCAGAGCCUUCACCCCAGUCAUGCCUGCUUGGCAGGAUCCAGAGGAGGGAGGCUUUCUUAUUCCCGGUUUCCCAGCUCAUUCCCUUAACCUUAUGGCAACCUCUCGGCUAAGCUCUGGUUUCCUUCUCUGAAUGAGGGAGGCAGGAGAGUCUGGGCAAAUCAGGCUUCCCUGGGUACCUUCAGCACCAAGAGGUGUCUGCCAAGCAGGCUGUGGGCAACUGAGAGUGCUGAACAGAGACCCCCAUCUCUCCAAAAUAAACCUCAGCCUGGCUGCUGGUGAUUCCCAGUCCAGGUCGCUGGCUGGGUGGGAGAGGCAGCAAGUGUGACACAUCUCAGGGGGAACUGGUGUAUUUCGUGUGUCCAGGUCAGAAGCAAAGUGGGGAGGCGGGGCUGGUUGAAGCCUAAGGGGCUUUGUGAUCCAGCAGGCAGGCACCCACCUUAUUGCAGACUGUAGCUGGCAGCAGCUUGCUGCCAGACUGGGAGCAGACAUGCUGAGACGCUGUGGAGGUUUGCUUGGGUUUUGGUAUGGGCAGUGUUGCCAUCAGUGACUUGAACAUAGUUGUGUCACACCAUCAGAGCAUGCUGUGCUACAAGGGUUUGUCUGAAUGCAAGAGCUGUAGAAGUUAAUUCAGUAAAGCCAAGUGUCGCAGACUAUGCUCAGAGAGCUCACUGUCCCAGCGAAGCAGGGUGCCUGUGUGUGUGAUGCAGGAGGUGGGGUGGGCUUGUCUGCAUGGGGUUUCUGAUACCAUGCACCAGAAAGAAGCCAGCGCCUGGGAGGAACCUCAGGAAAUGUUAGGAUAGCGUAACCUGCAAGAGACAGCAAGAAGGAAUGAAUUCCUUUUAGAGACAAGAAAGGAAAGCUUUCACAUCUGUUAACACCUGCAUGUAUCUCUCAGGUCUGUCUUGGUACAAGAGGAUGUUCAGCAUUUCCUACCUUCCUCCCUGUAGAUGAGAAGUAAGGGAGCCUUAGUGGAGAUACUGGGGAAGAAGCUCCUCAACAGCAGGUCUAGUGGCACAGGGAUAGAUUUUAUGAGAAGCUGGCUGAGCCUCCUCCAGGGCAGAGGGGGAAGAUGUCAGAGCAAGUGGUGCAGCUCAUCUGACCUGGAUCUUCAGGGGAGGUGAACUGCCAUGGGGAACACCACCAGUGAGCGAGUGUCAGGGGAGCGCCACAGCUCCAAGUCCCACCGCUCAGAUGGCUCCGGUGCCACCCACCCUGCCAAGGAGCACCCACACAAGAUCAUGGUGGGCAGCACUGACGACCCCAAUGUUUUCAGCUCCCAUGAUUCCAAGAUUCCUGGGGAUAAGGAGUUUGUGUCGUGGCAGCCGGAUCUGGAGGAGUCAGUGAAACCAUCUCAACAGGCUCGUCCCACUGUCAUCCGCUGGGCUGAUGGAGGCAAAGAGGUCUUCAUCUCUGGAUCUUUCAACAACUGGAGCACCAAGAUCCCACUCAUCAAGAGCCACAAUGACUUUGUCGCUAUCCUGGACCUCCCAGAAGGAGAACACCAGUACAAAUUUUUUGUGGAUGGCCAGUGGGUCCAUGACCCAUCUGAGCCUGUGGUCACCAGCCAGAUGGGGACGAUUAACAACCUGAUUCACGUCAAGAAGUCUGACUUUGAGGUGUUUGAUGCUUUGAAGGUGGAUUCCCUGGAGAGCUCAGAAACCUCAGACUUGUCAAGCUCACCACCUGGACCUUAUGGCCAAGAAUUGUAUGUAUACCGGCCUGAGGAGCGCUUCAAAUCCCCACCCAUCCUCCCACCUCACCUCCUCCAGGUCAUCCUGAACAAGGACACCAAUAUCUCGUGUGACCCAGCACUGCUGCCCGAACCCAACCAUGUCAUGCUCAAUCACCUCUACGCACUGUCCAUCAAGGUUGGCACAGCCAGGCUGCACUGGGCUAUCCCCCUCCUGCUCCCACUGACGCUGUGCCUCUCGCAGGAUGGCGUGAUGGUGCUCAGUGCCACACACCGCUACAAGAAGAAGUAUGUCACCACACUGCUGUACAAGCCCAUCUGAGCUGGGGCCUCACCCGCCCCCCACGCAGGACACCAAACGCCGCUUUGUCUGCACACACUGGGCCACAGGACUGUGCAAGAACUGACCGCUGGCUCCAGCCUCGAACGUGGCAGGGACGUGAGCCCUGGCAAUGAGCCCAGGGCCACUGCAGCUUGUGACACUGUCCGAUCCUACUGGUGUGGUUUGAUUUAACCCGUGGUUUCUGCUCACCUACAGCUCCCCUUGGCUUCUCUGAGUCUCUGGGGCCACUUUUGCUGCUCACCAGAACACCUUUUCCUUGUGCCCAGCAUGGAAAAGGCUUCACCUGCCCAUCUUGUCCAGCCUGCGCAGGCCCCACGGUGAUCCUGGCAGUGCUUCCAGGAACAUGUCCUAUCUGCUGAAGGUUGCUGUGCUGUCCUGGUGAUGAGCUUCCAAGGCCACCUUGAUCCCUACAGGCUGUGGGACAACGCAGCCUGCCCCAUCCUGCAGCCCUGGCUAUGGUGCUGCCCCACUCCUUGUGCUCACUAGCUUUGAGGAAGGGCUCUCAGCCCUGGCUGCAGCUCCAACCCUCUGCCAGGUUCAGCAUUGAGCCAGCAGGAGGGAGGGUGCAGCUGGACUGGAUGCAGCCACGCUUACCUGCCACUGGGACAGCACCGUCAAGGACUGAACGCACAGUCCCCAACAUCAAGUGCUUCUGCAGGGAAUGGCUGACUUCGUCACAGCCAGAGGGACACCAUGCACGCCAUGCUGGAGGGGCCUGGGAAGAGCGGAGCAGGGCACGUAUCCCAGGACCCUGGCUACACUGCCUAGUGCCAGCGCAGUGCCACACAACAGGGUUUUCUCUAUUUAUUACAGUAUUUAUUGAUCUCGA